AAGUCUGAUUUCGUGCGAAGAUGCGUCGUAAAGUAGUUCACAAGCUCGAUGGCUCGUGCCGCAAUUAUGGCUCCUCCCGUAUCUGCAUCAGCGUAAGCUUUCGUGAACGCAAUCGCCAACACCCGCGGCGCAGUCGGGGUUCCUUGCGACGUAAAUACCUCGGGAGAAGUAGAACGCCAAUGGACGGGGUAUUUUGCCGGGUCGGUGGUGGAGGAAGGGCCCGGGGGUGGUGCGUGGGCUGCGCUGGUUUCCGAGGCGGCCCUUAGUAAGGGAGCGAAUGCAGGCCGGACGCCCGCGCACUCUGGUCUGCAGCCAUCUCCUCCAGCUCAUCUUCGAACCGGUUAGAGACCACGCCAGUGUGGCCCGCGCAACACUGGCCGACGCCUGCGGCAGUGAUUCCACGGAGCGUUCGCCGGCCCCUUGCUCGCCUUUGUUUUUCUCGUUCCCACUCUGGCGCCCCGCCCCGGCGCCUCACCCCCCUGCGGGCUCUCCGGCAUCCGCGCCG